AUGAAGUUUCAUAGGAGAUUCACAGAGAAGGUCAAGGCACAUCCGAAGUACUUUCAAAUAUUCCUCGUCGCUUUGGCUGUGGCGUUCAUCAUAACUAUUCUCGUUGUGGGAACUCUAUCUGAGCCAAGCCAGCUCCUACAGUUAUAUGCCCCUUCUGAGGAGUUUGAUUUAUAUAAAGUUUAUUUCUUUAAAGUUUGCCGGUCUAAGAUUAAUGGGAUCAACGACGGCUGUCAUGGGUAUUUACCGGCGGUUCUUUCUGAUGAUGCUUCCAUUGCUGGAUUUUCAAACCUCAAAAUUAUCUUCGCAUUAUUUUUUAUAAGUGGCCUCGCUCAUCUCGCCCAUGGCUACUUCGGCAUAAGGGUUCAUUUGAAUGAUCUACAUCACCCCAAAAUCGAGAAUGCGAUGGCUUUUAUGUCCUUCUUUACCUUGCUUGCGGCUGCAAUCGCCUGCCCAUGGAUCUUGAUCGAUUAUCGGUGGCAGAUUCAGUCUGUUAGUAAAGACGAAAUCACUGUAAAUGUCAGUACUAGCAUCAUUGGGUUAGGGUUCACGGCUGUGCUCUUCAGUCUCGUGAGUAGGGAAAUCCUGAUCGUGGGGACAAUUAAGAAUGAGAGAGCGAUUCAAGCGUUUUCGGAUAUCCCAAUAAACGGUGAGGAUACACGUCGAUAUCGUCGAGAUGACGGAGAUUCAAUUCAAUCUGAUCGUGAAGAGGAGGCUGAACGAUCACAGAUCCCGGUCUACGGUAUUAGGCGAGAGCAAUCCAGUCCUAUUUCGAGAGAGGAACCGGCCUCGAGGCAAAUGUUCAUACCUACUGGCACGAGAUUAGCGCGACCUCCACUUGAACCUUCAGGUGCAUACGUAACGCAACACCGAGCACCUCAACCUCCAAUAUAUACAGAGUACGGCCGUGGCCUAGGUUGA